AUGUUACCGUCAAUAGUGCGCGGAAGUCGUAUUAAACGGAAAUCGCAGAAAAUACGACCUUUCUUCUUCGGUCCAGUCGGUCAGCAUAUAACGGUCGAUGUGCUAGAGACGGACUUGUAUCGCGUAGUUCAGCAUUUUUUGUUACUUUCAGUGUUUUUCGUCGCACUGCCUUAUGGCGCCCAUCAAUAUAUGCCGACCAACAGAAGCAGCGAUCACUUCUUACUCUUCCUGCACAUCGUUUGGUGUAUUUGUAUUUACAUCUGCCUUGUUUUCGCCGUGUAUGGCGAAUAUACGCAAACCCUUAUGAGCUUGCCAACAAUUCAAAAACCGCUUUAUUUUGCCGAAUAUCUAAUCUACUUAAUCCAUAUAUUCCACAUUGCUUUUAUGGGUUAUUUGGCACGUGACAAGUGUCGCCGCUUUUUGCGCACCAUCGCUGAGUUCGAUCUGGCGCUAAUGAGUUUCGGUAAAAAACCGAAAUACCAACGAUUGAAAAGUUUUAUCGGAGCUCAUUUGUUUUUGAUAUUUAUAUUCUUGAUAACCACCGCCGUUGUUGACUAUUUCUACAGAGAUUGUGUUGUGGCGUCCUCUAUUCGCAGUCUCACCGUUUAUCUCCUGCCAAAUUUAAUAUUAUGCGUUUCGCUAGUGCAAUACUAUACACUUUUAUAUGCUAUCGCCCAGCGUUCGAUUCGUCUGAAUGAAAUCCUCCAUGAGGAGAUAUCGCGCCAGAAGUGCUCAAGAACGCUGCAACGCAUUCGUCUGCUCUACUCGGCGCUGCAAGUCUUCACAAAGGAUGUGAACAGUGCUUUUGCGCCCUCUAUGGUGUUGGUAUAUGUUGGCUCUUUUUCGAAUGCGUCGGUGAAUCUUUUUUUGAUUUACAAAUAUGUAGACGACAUACAAGGGGUGGCCGUUUGGUGGAUUUUAUAUUCGGUUAUUUGGACAAUCCUGCAUAUAACGAAAAUGUUUCUAAUACUUUUCUACAAUUACGAUGUCCAGAGGCAGAAAAAUAGUACAAUACUGAUCAUAAAUGAGAUUGGAAGAACACAGAACAAAGAAGUGGAAGAAACGGUCACACAUUUUGUGUUGCAAUUAACAAUAAACACUAGAACUAAUGUUGUUUGCGGUGUAGCAGAAUUGAAUCUCAGCUUUAUCACAACACUACUCAUGGCCAUGUCAACUGUUUUCAUAUUUCUAUUACAAUAUGACAUCACAUAUGAGGCGCUUACGUUAACCCACAGCACAGGCGGUCCUAUUCGAAACAAUUGA